AUGAUGGCCUCACCGAGUUUCAUGACCCAAUAUCAUAAUCAUCACCAGUGGAACAGUAGCAGUCAGACGCAGUUAUCGCCCCUUAACAUCCUGCCGUAUCAGUACCCACCGCAGCCAUCCUCGGUCAGUAGCCUCGGCUCGGUAGCGUCGCUCGGUUCGGCGGGCUUGUCGCCGACCCAGUCGGUUGCGUCCUCGAACGGCGGGGGCGGUGGAGGCGGUGCCGGCGGUGGAGGCACUAGCACGGCCAGCAGCAGUUUUAGCACCACUGGUGGAGGCGGCUCGAACGCCGCCAGUCCUGACGUGACCAGUGCGGCCGCAGCGGCUGCCGUAGCCGCCACAACGGCGUACGGUUUCGGUGCAAUGGUACAGCAAAGCCCGGCUACGGCCGCGGCUCUCGAAAUGACGGCAAGAACCCAGCAAAUGCAUUACCCAUCCUACCAGUAUCCGGCGGCCAGCUACUACAAUAACAUGGCCAGCAAUCCCUGGUUCGCUCAGGAACCCAUGUACCAAGGCUGGCACGGCGAAGCCUAUGGGCUGAAACUGGAGGAUUACUCACACCAGACACAGGCGCAACGCCGGUGCGCUCGCUGUACCUGUCCGAAUUGUAUCAACGAAUUGUCCGGCCUGCCCCCGGUUGUGGGCCCCGAUGAGAAAGGAAAAAGACAACACAUUUGUCACAUCCCGGGUUGCGAAAAAAUCUACGGAAAAACCAGCCACUUGAAAGCCCAUCUGCGAUGGCACACCGGCGAGCGACCGUUCUCUUGCAAGUGGUUGUUCUGCGGUAAGCGAUUCACCCGUUCCGAUGAACUGCAGCGGCACUUCCGAACCCAUACCGGCGAGAAACGGUUCACGUGUAGUAUUUGUAACAAAAAAUUCAUGCGCAGUGAUCAUCUAGCAAAGCACGUGAAGACCCACGAAAACAAGGCGAAAAAAAUCGCGAAAAAGAGCGAAAAAGCGGAGGAGGCAAAACUGAAAAAGGACGACCGCAUUGGUAAAACCGAAGGAAACAUCAAAAGGCAACUGGAGGUGGCGGAGAAACCGGGCCAGCUCACAGUCACGAUGAAAACAAAAAAGCAAAAAGGUGUCACUGAACAGCAGGAAGAUAUUAACGCAAACAUUCGGAUGCCGCAAAUUAAGCAGGAGAAAGGAUAUGAGAGUGCGGGGAAAACAAUGUUUUCGGGUGUGGGCGAUUAUGGACAUAGUGGGGGUGGCUAUCAGUCGGCAGCCGUUAACUAUCCCCAUCAUCCAUCAUCGUACUUCCAGAGUCCAUUUUUGCAGGACGCCGGUGUUUCUGGCAAAAACCUGUUCUCUUACUGUGAGAGCAGCUUCCAAAGCCGUGGUAAUUUGUUCUCUACCUCACACGCAAGCAGCAGCCUAGAUUCGUUAGAACGAAGAAUUGGGGGUAAUAACAACAACAACAACAAUAACAACAACGGUAGUGAAGUUAGCAAUAGUUUAGUAAAGCUAGAAGAGUACACGAAUAGUCACAGCCUACUGAACAACGACAACAGCGGCGGCCAUCAGCAGCGGAGUUCCAACUCCGCCAUCAGCAAUCUACUACCUCAUUCGCAAGCUCAAGUGUAUCACAUCAACUCGGAUUUGGCUUCCAACUAUGCGGCAGCCUAUUCGAACGUGAAACUAGGAGCAGCCUACCACCACCAUCAUCCUCAUCAUCCGCAUCACCAGCAUCAACAUCAGCACGCUGGCAGCACUGCUGCUAGCAACUACGACAGCAGUGCUAAUGUCAACGAAUCGAAUAACAACAACGGUACCCCACCGGUAUCGGCAUCGACGAUUCCGUCGGCUGCUACUUCGGCGUACAAUAUGAUGAUGAACAAUUACACAAUCCAUCACCAUCAUCAUCAUCACCAUCAACAACACGGUCAACAGCAGCAACAGCACCAGCAACAGGAGAUUGAACUCUUCAAAUAA